AUGGAAGCCAGGAAUUCUUUGCCUGAGAUUCAAGGCUCUUCACAUUUCUUCAAGACCAUCCUUCCCUCGACACUUGAAGCUAAGAUGCUGAAAAUCCCACAAAAAUUUGUGACAAAGUUUGGGGAUGACCUUUCUAGUGUCGCUACAAUAACAGUUCCUAACGGUAGAGUUUGGAAAUUUGGAGUGGUAAAAGAAAGGGGAAAGGUUUGGUUCGGCAAUGGUUGGUCUGAGUUUGUUGAGUAUUUCUCCAUCGGUCCAGGACAGCCUUUGGUUUUCCAAUUCAAAUCAAAUUCAAAUUUUCAUAUUGUUAUAUUUGACAUGACUGCUUUUGAGAUCGAGUAUCCGGUUAGUGAUGGUGAAGAGCCAGAAAAUGUCAGGCAGAACUUUGAACAUCAGAAUAACAUGGAAAGUGAUGAAGAACGGUCUGUGGAGUUUUUGGGUUCUACAGCUCCAAAUUCAUCUUUCAGGAUUUUGGGAAACAAUUUUAAAGAUAAAAGUACAAGGACAGGGCCAUCUCGCAAUGUUUACUCUCCAAUGCAUAAAAAUGAACCAAGAAGAGCUGCACGACAAGUUGGGAAACAGGCAGUGGAUGAAGGAAAUCAACUUGAUCAUCAAGAGUUCUAUGGUUUCCUUGAAGAAUUGGGGAUUUCUAUCAGUAAAGCAUGUAGAAAUUUUACCGUGGAAGAAAGACAGAGAGCACUCCUUGCAGCCGGAUUGUUCAAGCCAAGCAAUCAUUCAUUCUUGAAAAUCCCACAAAAAUUUGUGACAAAGUUUGGGGAUGACCUUUCUUGUGUCGCUACAAUAACAGUUCCUAACGGUUGGAGUGGUAAAAGAAAGGGGAAAGGACAGCUUCUGGUUUUCCAAUUCAAAUCAAAUUCAAAUUUUCAUGUUGUUAUAUUUGACAUGACUGCUUUUGAGAUCGAGUAUCCGGUUAGUGAUGGUGAAGAGCCAGAAAAUGUCAGGCAGAACUUUGAACAUCAGAAUAACAUGGAAAGUGAUGAAGAACGGUCUGUGGAGUUUUUGGGUUCUAGAGGUCCAAAUUCAUCUUUCAGGAUUUUGGGAAACAAUUUUAAAGAUAAAAGUACAAGGGCAGGGCCAUCUCGCAAUGUUUACUCUCCAAUGCAUAAAAAUGAACCAAGAAGAGCUGCAUGA